GUUGUUUUGACGGCACAACAUGGCCGCCUGUAGGUUUAUAUAUUGUUUGUUACUUGUUUUGUUGAUGCAAAUAGUAACAGGAGAAAUCAAUAACAAACCGCAAUUAAGAGAAGAUCCUGACGACGAUGAAGAGACAAAUAUUGAACAUGAUCCUGGAGGACCGUCUUUCAACGAUUUGCUGGACAAACAGGCCAGUUAUAACCACACCAAUGUGCAUAAGCCAAGGUACAAGUGCCAUUUGUGUGAGGCCUCGCACUGUGCCACACCAUCAGUUUGUUACAAUGCGGUGCAAUGCUGGAAAUCCCAUGUUAGAGAGAGCUCGGGGGAGGAGAGCUUCAAUAGGGGGUGCACUACAAACCCAGAACAGCUACCUUUAAUUUGCAGAAUGCCAUCGUUUAAUGUGCAGAAACGGCAUGUUAGUGGACAAUAUCAAGUUGACUGCUGUGUGGGGGAUUUUUGUAAUGAUGGGGAUUUCCCUGAGUUACCGCCAGCAUUUGUUGAAAGAAAUCCGUAUUCGGAGUCGUUUAUUUACAUCGCUAAAAUCGUGGGGGCUAUUCUUGUGCCAAUUAUCAUCCUUGGCACUCUGGGUGUUAUUAUAAUUGCCUUAAUGAGAAGACGACAUCGACAAAUUCUUUGCAAUGAAAGCAGAAAUAAUCCUGACACGUACUGUGCUACAGAAGACCUAUUAAGGGCUACAGCAGCUGGUGACAGUACCCUACGGGAGUAUUUGGAGCAAUCUAUGACAUCAGGUAGUGGUUCUGGUUUGCCACUUUUGAUUCAGAGGACAUUGGCAAAGCAGAUUUCUUUGGUGGAGUGCAUCGGAAAGGGAAGAUAUGGGGAGGUUUGGAGAGGUAUAUGGCAUGGGGAAAGCAUUGCUGUUAAGAUAUUUUUUUCAAGAGAUGAAGCUAGUUGGAAUAGGGAAACUGAAAUAUACAGUACAAUUCUUUUACGUCACGAAAAUAUACUAAGCUACAUAGCGUCAGAUAUGACUUCAAGAAAUUCCUGCACCCAAUUGUGGCUUAUAACCCACUACCACCCAUUGGGAAGUCUAUAUGAUUACUUAAAUCACACAGCAUUAUCUCACUCCCAACUACUCAGACUAUGUCUAUCUCUAGCAAACGGACUGGUACAUUUGCACACUGAAAUAUUUGGCACCCAGGGUAAACCUGCAAUUGCUCACAGAGACAUCAAAAGUAAAAACAUACUGAUCAAAAACAACGGUACGUGUUGCAUAGCCGACUUUGGGUUGGCUGUUACGCAUUUCCAAUCGACUGACGAACUAGAUAUUGGAUCUAAUGCCCGGGUAGGAACGAAGCGGUACAUGAGCCCUGAAAUUUUAGACGAAACAAUUCGGAUGGAUUAUUUCGAAUCGUUCCGUCGAGCCGAUGUAUACUCCUUAGGUUUAGUCCUGUGGGAAAUGUCCCGAAGAACAAUAAGUAAUGGGAUAGCGGAAGAUUACAAGUCGCCUUUUCACGAUGUAGUGCCUAGCGAUCCCAGUUUCGAGGACAUGAAAAAAGUCGUUUGCGUGGAUCAGCAGCGGCCCAAUUUGCCUAAUAGAUGGGCCAGCGAUCCGAUACUUAGCGGAAUGGCCAAAUUAAUGAGGGAAUGCUGGCAUCAAAACCCCAACGUUCGCCUGCCCGCGCUUAGGAUUAAAAAAACCCUACUGAAAUUAGUUAACGGAGACACAACAAUAAACAUUGAAGAUAUGGAAAUGUGCGUGUAAAGAGACAAAAAGUUGUUUAAUAUUGAAUAAUUGAAAUUAAGUUAACAGUUUUGUUAUAUAAGUGUUACAAAUUUAAUUAUAGUGAAGCGUUUAUUAACGAAAAUAACAAAUAUUGUGUUGAUCACGAUUUUUUAUUUACUAGGCAAUAUUUAAACUAAAUUUUUAAUACAGCGUGUUUCCAAAAUAGUAAUUUUCGGUAAUAUA